AUGCGGCGAAGUCAGCUAAAGAAAGAAGUUCACUCUGAAAACGUUGGCAAAUUUUUGCUCAUCAGUGCAGAAGAGAAGCUGAACAAGGCCAUGUAUCAAGCUCAAGAGCUAUUAGCACGAAUGAAUGUCAGCGAAGACAGCAGCAACUAUGCGAUGAUUCAGUCGUUGUUCAGUGAUUGUGAGAUCGCCAAGCGGAUGUUUCGGAAAUUGAUGUUAGAAGUGUCGGGCGGCAGUUUUUUGCCUACGAAAGUCAAGGAACUCACCGAAACGUUCACCGAGUCGUUCAACACUGAACUUCGGAAUUUCCGCAACUCAGUCGUGUUUUCCGCAGAUCAAAUGGAGCUGUCUUCCGUUAAAGAUCCUGCGGUUUGCCUUGAUGCAGCCUCAGGAUCUUUCAUGGAAGACACGGUUUCGUCUAUUUCUGACAUAAUGUCAGAGUUCGCCUCGAACUUGCAGGACUGUCGAAGGUAUUUAGCAGUUUUUGUAUCUGAAAUUAAUCGGUUUCUGGGUAAUAUUUAAUA